AUGGUCGUCAAUCACGUCGUCAUGUUUCAGUUCAAGCCGGACACCGAUGAGCAGUUGGUGAAGCAGUGCUGCGACGAGAUGCUCGGCCUGAAGAAUAUGUGUGUUCUCGCUUCCACCGGGAAGCCGUAUAUUGCCAAUUCCAAGGGCGGCAAGGACAUGUCGAUUGAGGGCUUCGAGGUGCGCGGCCAUCCGUUUCCUGAAUCCUGCCUGCUCAUAGGAACCGCCCAACCGCUAACGCCGGAGCAGAAUGGUUUCACGCACGUCUUCGUCGUCGAGUUCGACUCCGUGGCCGACAGGGACUAUUAUGUCAAGGAGGAUAAGGCGCACCACAGCUUCGUCGGGAAAUGGAUCAAGUCGCCGGAUUCUAUUGUUUCCAAGGCCAUGGUUGUCGACUUUGUCCCUGGGACUUUCUGA